CCAGAAUACACCAUAUGGCCGUAUUGUAAACGAAUCACACACGUGACUGUCAUGUGACAUCUCAUGUGACAGGUACAGUGUAACUCGUGAUUUCAAAGCUUUUUAUAUGACGAUUUGAACAAUAUCUUAUCACUUUGUGUUGUGAUCUCACUCAGUUCAGCAUGAAGGGUCUAGUGGUACUGUUGUUGGUUGGUGCAGCUUGUGGCUACAGGUUUGACUUCCAUGAUGAUUACUUCAGCGAGGCAUUCGUGAACUAUCACAACAGUCGUGAUGAUGUCUCAUGGAAGGCAACCACAGAUAACUUCAAGAAUGUACCAUACAAGGGUAGGAUGGACUACAUCAAGAGCUUGUGCGGUGCUAAACCAACCCCACCUCACAUGAAACUACCUGCAUUGGACAUCACAGUCCCUAAAGAUCUUCCUGACACUUUUGAUGCCAGAACUCAGUGGCCAAACUGCCCUUCAUUGAAGGAAGUCCGUGACCAGGGAGCUUGUGGAUCAUGCUGGGCUUUCGGUUGUGUAGAGGCUGCCACAGAUAGGUUGUGUACCCAGACAAGGGAAAGGGUUUUGAAGGGCCCGCCCCUUGGCAGUUUUAAAAGAUCUCACCUUUUGUUGCAAAACAUGGGAAAUGGAUGUAAUGGUGGUUUCCUGGAAGGUGCCUGGGAUUAUCUUAAACGUGAUGGUAUUGUCACAGGAGGUCCUUACAACAGUCAUCAGGGAUGUUUGCCAUAUGAAAUUAAAGCCUGUGAUCAUCAUGUUGUUGGCAAACUAGACCCAUGCAAGGGUGACGGUCCAACCCCAAGAUGUUCCAAACGCUGUGAAGAUGGCUACAAUGUCACCUUUAAAGAUGACAAACACCAUGGUAACUGUAAAUCAGAAACCAAAAAACCAGUAAAAAGGCUGCCCUUUUCCCUGUACGCUGACUUCCCAACAUACAAAUCAGGUGUAUAUGAACACAAGUCCGGUGGACCACUCGGGGGUCAUGCCAUCAAACUUCUCGGCUGGGGUAAUGAAGACGGUAAAGAAUAUUGGCUUGUUGCCAACUCCUGGAACCCAGACUGGGGAGAUAGCGGUUUCUUCAAGAUCCUCCGAGGACAAGACGAGUGUGGCAUUGAAUCCAACAUUGUCGCUGGAAUGAUGGAGCUCAAAUAAAAUGUGAUAAAAUUAAACAAUCGAACAUUCCAGAAAAUUGUAUAUUUUUUUAAAAGAAAAAGCAUUGUAUAUUUUUGUA